AUGGAAACACGAAGCAAGCCCGAGUGGCUUGAGAGCUAUGCCACCGACCGCCAUGACUGGAGGCAGACAAUGCAACAUGGUAGACUUAUGCACUACCGCCGCAUCGGGAUUGUUGAGGGAUUGUUCAAUACGGACGGAAUUGAUUAUGAAGGGCGAGCUGACUUGACUUUCGAUCUCCAUGUCGAGUUCAAAACGUCGGUCACGAAGAGGGCCUUGCGCGAAAGGAUCUUGCAAGCAUGGGCUGCCUUCAGACAGAAGCAUGUUCUUCUUUCGGCCCGAAUCGCCCAAGCCAAAGAAGUUCUGCCAUCGAUCAGUGGGCGCGGUGCAGAGGAGUGGUUCUAUGUGUUCCAACCCAGUGCGAGUCUCCGAGAGUUGCACUCCGAAGCUGAAAAGCACAUUGUCUUUAUGGAAGAUCACUAUCCCAACAGCGGUAACGAUGAGUUUUUCGUCCACACUUUAAACUGCUCACGUUGCGUUGAUCCUUUCUCAUCCUUGAGCAGGUUCUAUGUUAUGCCACUCGUCUCGAAAGGAGAAGGCUUGUAUGAUGCCCGGUUCGUGAUGACAGCAGGGCAUGAAAUUGUCGACGGUCUCACUUCCAUGCGAUGGAUGUCCUCUUUCAUCGACAUGUUGAAUCGGACGCCCGAGCAGUUGAGGUCGGAUGUAGAAAAGAGUUGCCUCGCCUCUGUGGUCCCUCGUUUACCUCCAGCACAAGAGUCUUUGUACCCGUCCAUGGGUAACAGUCCAGCAAGGGAAAGAUGGGCUUGGGCUAUAAGCCGGAUUCUCCGCCACACGAAGAAGUCGCCACCUGCAUCAUUCCAAAACCCUCUGCGACGAAGGAUCCCGCUGUCGAAAGCAGAGCCCUUGCCACCAAAAUUCUCGAGUGUUCUUGAUUAUUCUCGAGUGCCGCCUUUGAACACGUAUCCUGUACGACCGGUCCUUAGUGCAGCUUCGUCGCAAAGGCUUGCAAACCUAUGCCGAGAAGCGCGAAUCAGCAUAGGAAGCGGCUGUUUUGCCCUAGUGGCUCUGGUGAUGAUGCUCUUUGAGGAGAGGCGGUGUCCAGAUAUUCCAGCGCAUGAGCGCCUACCCUUUGUCGGAUCAUUUCCGGUAAACCCAAGACCACUGCUGGACGGAACCCCAACAACGGGAAAGGAGGACAAUUUAAUGUUAGCAUUUAGUGAAGGCAUCGCCCUCCCUUUCCUCACGAGGGACCUGGAUAUUGAAGGGAGAUUUCGAUUACUAGGCAAACAAGCACAUCGACAAUUGCGUCAAUAUCAGAAACGUCCCCGCGAUGCCCCUGCAAAGGCGAUGCUGGGGUCGAAAAGCCCCGAGCAACUGCUGCCCAUGUUAUAUCUAGCUACGAUGGAACGUCUCGAAAGUAAAAGCGAGCAGGGUCGGAAGCGAGGCUGGAACAUUCAAGGCGAGUAUCCUGCUAAGAUGGGAUCGACGCUUGCCACGUGCGGUGUCAGCUCUGUCGGGCCACGGGGUUCUAUCAUAGCAUCCGGCAAAUUCAACACCAGAGAGUUGAUAGAAGGCCACGAUAUCGCUGCUGACUUCCGUGAACUUCAUACGACGGUGAGAGCAAGAGACGGCGAAUUUCUCGUUGGUGCGGUCGGUGAUAACGGAAUCCUGAAGUUUGGAGUCAGUUACGACGGGUGCGCGAUUGACCCCAUCCUUGCCGAAGAGUGGAAGCAGGUCAUGGAGACCAUCCUGGAACCGAAACCGUCGUCAGGAUCCAAACUUUGA